CGUCUUUUGCCCUCCCCCUCCACCCAGGAUGGCGCCAAGAAGCCCUCUUAUCUAAGCCACCAGGCGGCUUUUGAGGCAGACUGGGCUGAAACGGGUUAAUUUGGUGCCUUGUGAGCUAUUUCCGUGACUCUUGCGGUCGCACGGCGGCGCGGAGCACUCUGGGAGAUGCAAAUGACACCCGCGGCCGGAGCCCUGGGCGCCAAUUGGCUGGCGGGGCGCGUCAAUCAGGCCGGACGCCCAAUGGGAACGGCCGCGGCGGGGCACGUCGCUCUCCCUCCCCCACCCCUCUGGCCACGCCCCCUGGGAGGAAAAGUUUCGGGCGGCCCCAGUGGCUGGAGGGGAAAAAAAAAAAAUAAAAAAAAAAGAUGGCGGAAAAUUUAAAAGGCUGUGCCGUGUGCUGCAAGUCCUCAUGGUCCCAGCUGCAGGACCUGUGCCGGCUGGAGAGGGUUUGCUGCCCCUCGCUGGGCAUCACCCGCAGGAACCUCAGCCACUUCGAGGUGGAGUUCCUGUGCGACUACAAGAGAGUGCGGGAGGAGGAGUUCUACCUGGUGAAGUGGCGCGGCUACCCGGAGUCCGAGAACACCUGGGAGCCGCGGAAGAACCUGCACUGUGUGGGCCUGCUGAAGCAGUUCCACAAGGACCUGGAGCAGGCCUGGAUCCGGCGGGACGGCAAGCCCAAGAAAAAUGCCCGCUGGCUGGACCAGGGCGUGGCGAACUACGUAGUGCAGAAAGCCAAGCAGCGGCGGGCCCUGUGGCGCUGGGAGCGCCAGCUGAACGCCAAGCGCAACCACAAGGGGCGCAUCGUGGUGGAGAACGAGGUGGAUCUCGACGGGCCGCCCCGGGACUUCGUCUACAUCAAUGAGUACAAGGUGGGCGAGGGCAUCUCCCUCACCCAGGUGGCGGUGGGCUGCGAGUGCUGCGACUGCCUGGCGGAGGCUGCCAGCGGCUGCUGCUGCCCUGGCGCCUCCCGCCACAAGUUUGCCUACAACGAGCUGGGCCAGGUGCGCAUCCGGGCGGGGCUGCCCAUCUACGAGUGCAACGCCCGCUGCCGCUGCGGGGCCGAGUGCUCCAACCGCGUGGUGCAGCGGGGCAUCCGCUACGAUCUGUGCAUCUUCCGGACCGCCAACGGGCGCGGUUGGGGCGUGCGCACCCUGGAGAAGAUCCGCAAGAACAGCUUCGUCAUGGAGUAUGUGGGAGAGAUCAUCACAUCAGAGGAGGCGGAGCGACGAGGGCAGAUCUACGACCGCCAGGGUGCGACCUACCUCUUUGAUCUGGACUAUGUGGAGGAUGUUUACACAGUGGAUGCUGCCUACUAUGGCAACAUCUCACACUUCGUAAAUCACAGCUGUGACCCCAACCUGCAGGUAUACAACGUGUUCAUUGACAACCUGGAUGAGCGGCUGCCGCGGAUCGCCCUCUUCGCCACCCGGCACAUCCGUGCUGGGGAGGAGCUCACCUUCGACUACAACAUGCAGGUGGACCCGGUGGAUGCAGAGAGCACACGGAUGGACUCCAACCUGGGCCGGGCUGGCGGCCUGGCCGGCUCUCCCAAGAAGCGGGUGCGGAUUGAGUGUAAGUGCGGGGCCGCAUCCUGCCGGAAGUACCUCUUCUAG